AUGGAAUUAGACCACCUGAAGAGAUUGCGUCAGGCCAACCAGGACCUUCUACAAAGGCUCAGAAUGAAGCAGGAAGAGAUCAGAAAAAGACUUCCCAGCAAACCACUCCUUCCAGCAUCUCUUCAAAAUAGAACAGCUACUGAAAGAUCUGUCCCCUUGCCCGAGAGAGGGAAGGAAAAUGAGGUCAAUGCUGUGAAGUCUACCGCUGACCCUGCAAUGUUGGUGUCUGUGGAACCCAGAGCUUACACAGCCAGAGCAGCCCUCUGUUCAUCUCUUAAACAGAGCAGCAAUGACAGAGGGGUACAGCAACAACAAGCAAAGAUGCAGGAAGCUGUAGGUUUGGAUUCCAGCUUUCCUGGGAAAGAGAAGAAUGUUAUGGCAGUGUGUGAAAUCAUUAUGUGUGGCAGAGAAACCUCUGGAGUCGAUAGGGAUGGCCAUGCUCGAGGAAGUCCAGAGAAAGAACCCUUCCUUCUGAGGCAUGGAGAGAACAGAAAACCAUCCGCUCUGCUAUGUGAUUUCCAUGAGAAAAAACAGCUUAAGGGUCAUCUGGACCCAUCACGGAGCAAAAUACAAAGUGAAGAAACCAGCAAGCAGCACGUGGUCAUUAGAGAGCCCAUAAUCUGUAAAUCGGUCUUGGUGACAUCGCAGUCCAAAGAGUUGAAGGUAAACGUUGGUCAUGUGACUUUUCAGUCUGACCCUGAAGAAUAUACCAUGCCUGUGAGCAGCUGGUCCGUGCGCCCUUUCCUGGGCUAUGACUGGAUUGCAGGGCUCCUAGAUACAAACUCCUCAACAUCAGAAAAAUCUGAUCAAUACUUUGCUGAGCUGCACGAGUUCCGGCAGGCCAACAAAGAAGCAUGUAUUCAUGAGCAGCACAGGGAGCCCAAGGCUCUGGAUUACAUACUUCCUGAAGAAGAACCAGAUUUGAUAAGCAGUUCCCAUAAGUGUGUUUACUGUUACAGAUUAAACCAGCGCCUCUUUGCUGUCCCUGUGGAUUCAGAAUCUGCGUGCCCUGUGUGUAAGAUCCCACGUACUCACCAGCCCCCAGAGAUCCUGGAAGAGCCAGCCUAUGUCAGGGUCAGCAUUCCCAGGUCUACCCUUAUGCCUACCUACAAAUACAAAGCCCAUCGCAGGAAGAGCUUUGAACCAGCAGACAAUUUAGGAUUACCUUCGCAUUGCCUGGCUGGCUGGGAAAAUCUCAUCCCUUCCAGCGACCCCACACUCAGCAGUUUGGAUCUGCGAGCUUCACUGGAAGAGAAGUCUUUUCACCAUCCUCGCCUGAACUCAGUGUCCAGAGUGUCAGAAGGAACCAGAACUGACCAGCUUCUGAACCUGACCCACUUGACACACUUCAGAUUUAGCAGUGCUUCUCCGCAGAGGGAGCAAAACAAACCUGGACACUACAGAGCAGCUCCAAGUUUAAACCCGACUGCCUCAAUUCUGUGA